CGAAAGCUUCCGCAAGCUGCGCCGCGCCACGCCGCGCCGCGCUGCGUUGGGGCUGACCAUUCGCGUUCGGCCUGAGACGCCGCCGUCGCCGCAACCGCGGAGCGGGUACUGCUCCGAGCCAGCCGCCGGGAAUAAGGCGGAGGCGCAAACAUGAAUGUUGGAGUUGCCCACAGUGAGGUGAAUCCAAAUACCCGUGUAAUGAACAGCCGGGGUAUGUGGCUAACAUAUGCAUUGGGAGUUGGCUUGCUUCAUAUUGUUUUACUCAGUAUUCCCUUCUUCAGUGUUCCUGUUGCUUGGACCUUAACAAAUGUUAUACAUAAUCUGGGGAUGUAUGUAUUUUUGCAUGCAGUAAAAGGAACACCUUUUGAAACUCCUGACCAGGGUAAAGCAAGGCUCCUAACUCAUUGGGAACAACUGGACUAUGGAGUACAGUUUACAUCUUCACGGAAGUUUUUCACAAUUUCUCCAAUAAUUCUAUAUUUUCUGGCAAGUUUCUAUACGAAGUAUGAUCCAACUCACUUCAUCCUAAACACAGCUUCUCUCCUGAGUGUGCUAAUUCCCAAAAUGCCACAGCUACAUGGUGUUCGGAUCUUUGGAAUUAAUAAGUAUUGAAAUGUGUUUUGAAAUGCAACAAAAAUUUUUUACGCCUACUGAGUUUUCUGUAAGGAAGGAGUGGUUAGUAAACUGCACUGUUUAUGUGAUAAUGUGAAAUGAGAGGUAGCUACAUUGGAGGGCCAACUACUGGUUCUUCAUAUGCUAUUUUGAAGUGCAGAUUUUUACGAGAAGAUGUCUCUGUUUAAUGCAUCUGGUAUCCUGAAGAGAGGCUUUAUAGGCAGGCUGGGCAGGCCCAGCUUAUAAGUUAAAUGGCUGUAAAGUAAGGAUGUAAUAGAUAAAUCCAAGGACAUAAGAGAUUUAUAAGAAACUAAGUCCAGGUUAGCUUAUAAUGAAUGGGCAUUAUGUUAGGAGAAGAAAAUUUUCAAUCAUUCAGUCAUGGUCAGUUUAAGGAGACUUACAUGUAAACCAAAAUCAUCUCUUUAUAAGUUUAUUAUAGACUGUUUUUAUUACAUACAUAUUCCUCUUAUGUUAUAUAAGAGAAUAUAUACCCUCUUGUUUUAUACAAACCAAUUCCUACCUUAUAGAUGUACUUUUUUGGUUUUGUGGGCUCAACAUUGUGUUGAUAGAUGAGUUCAUUUUUACAUUUAUUAAGUUACUGAGUUCAUGAAGGUUCACCUUCUUGACUGAUUGAUGAUAGAAGAUAGGCAUCUUAGAAGCAGCCUCUGAGUUGGCCUUCUAAUUUUGAAACAAAGUGGGUUUUGCUGCCUUUCCAGAUACAGGCUGCUAAACCAAUUAAGACAAUAAUUUAUUUCUCAUAGUUAAAGUAUAUGGUAACUUAAAAGUCUCUGCUUAUUUGGUUGAGCAAUCUAAUUGCUGAAGUCUGCUCUUCUUUAGCAAAAGGAAAUAUAAAAUGGACAACUACAAAGCCAACCUAUGAUCUAGCAGAAACUGCAUCUCUAGUGAUAGUAUCAGAGUAAAUAAUGGAGUCUUUUUAAGCAGGUCUGUAGUAGAAGAUAACAUCAUCUUUUCUUAGUCCUCCUACUCUCAAUCUCCAUAUUUUGCCCAUUAACAUUUUGCCUGUCAAUACGUGAGUCUUAGUGUAGAUAACUCAAAAUGUUAAUUAUUUCCAAAGCAGCAACCAUGUUGAAUUCUUGUGUCUUAGAGAAGCUUUCUAUAGUUGCUGACAUUAAUUGCAGGAAAUAACUAUAUACUACUUUGAGAAGUAAACGUCAAAAAAAGUUCUGAUAUGGGAUGAAACUGAAAAACCUAGUAACAUUUGUAAGCAAAAUUGAGUGCAAAGAAUUAAAAAGCCAACUUAAAAAUCAAUUGGUUUCAAACUGACUUUUGGGGGUAAUGAUCAUUGUUUUGUAUUUCAAAAGUAUUGAGUUUAGAAAUCAGUUGUAUGAUAAUGCCUUUGUAUGUUUGUCUUUUCUCAUGUAUUUUUAAAUAACCAGUAAUCUAUACUUUAAUAAAAUUUUUCUUUGGUGUAAG